AUGACUCUGAACAUUUCAUCGAGCGACGAUGACGAUGAGUUCAACAACACUAUCGUCGAUGCAACACAAGCAUCAGGGCUUGUUCCCGUGUGUCGGCAAUUGGCCCAGCAGCAGCAGCAGCAGCAGCACAGCCAGCCGUUACAGCAUAGCAGCGGCAACAAGCAGCAACAGCAGCCAGCGUUCCACAGCAAUGCAGCAGCGGGCAACAGCAGCAACAGCAGCAGCGUUCACAGCAUCAGCAGCGGCACAGCAGAUACAGCAGCUUCCGCAACAACAGCAGCAGCGGCAGCAGUGGCAGUCAGCCACAGCAACGCACACAGCAACUGCAAGCGAGUGCAGCCGUCGGCAGCAGCAGCAGCGCGUGCAGCAUGUGCCAGCAACAACAUCGUGUACAGCCGUCGCAGCAGCAGCAGCGUGUGCAGGCAGUUGCAACAACACCAGCAACAGCAGCAACCGUCUCAGCGUUCGGCUUGGUGUCCGCCAACGGCUACAGCACACCCUGAUGAGCUGUUCUCGACGGUACUGAAGCGGCGUUCUAUCCAGCAGCAGCAGCAGCAGUACGCACAACAGCAGCAGCGCCCAGCGGUGGUUAACCCACCAGCAAGUCGUCCGAAACCACGCGCUGACAUCGUUCGCGUUACGGCUGCGAAUGGUUCCACAUAUCUCGAAAUGUACAGCGCCAUCCGCAAGAAUACGACUGUCGACAAGGACGUUCUGCGGGCUCGGCGAGUCGACGAGCAGGUACUCUCGCUUUACCUGCGGCCCGGUGCUGAUGGCAUGGGCUUAAAGGCAGAGAUCGAACGUGUUCUUGGCGAGAAGGCGAGUGUUCGUGUUAUCUGUGAUAUGAGUCAGCUGCUCAUAUCAGAUAUUGAUAUGCUGGCCACUUCGGCUGACACAGCGGCUGCGCUUUCAUCAGCAGCAGGCACCACCAUCACCGAGGAUGCAGUCGACCAAUGGCGUCGUCAGGAGGGCACUCAGCGUGCGCGCGUGAAGAUCCCGCGUCAAGUGGCCCAACGUUUGGACGGUGUGCACGUCUACAUCGGCAACACUCGGUGUCGACUGCAGGAGUUGGAGCCGCAGGGUGCAGCAGCAAGGCGGUGCUUCCACUGCUUGGAGCGGGGGCACAUAGCGCCCAACUGUAAGGGGGUUGACAGGCAGACCAUCUGUCUGAAAUGCGGCAUCGCAGGCCAUCGGGCUAAGACCUGCACAGCUACUCCAAAGUGCAUCAUUUGCGGCGGUACCCACGUCAUCGGGUCUCCACGGUGUGCCGGUGUACUGAAUGGCUGA